UUUUUUUUUAUCUUGUUAUUAUGAACCCUCAAGACUGGAUUGAUGUUACUGUUGAAAAGAAUCAUUAUUCUUUAGAUCAUUUUGUGAUUCCUAAUCAUUAUGAAGAAGAUGUCUCUAGUAUUUUGAUUCCUCAUGGUGUCAUUAUGGAUAGAAUUAGAAAGUUGGCUAGAAUGAUUGUAGAUGAUUCUCAAGGACCCUUAGUCGUGUGUUGUAUUUUGAAGGGUGGACAUCAAUACUUUGCUGACUUGGUCAAUGAAAUCAAGAAAUUACGUCGUUUGAAUGGCACCAGUGUUCCCUUGAGUCUUGAGUUUAUUCGUGUCAAAUCUUAUGAAAAUGAUCAAUCUACAGGCGGUGUCAAGAUUUCCCUCACAGAUGCUGAAUUAGAUGAAUUCAAGGAUAAAAAUCUCUUGAUUGUUGAAGAUAUUAUCGAUACAGGUGCUACUAUGGUUCGCUUAUUGGAAAGAUUGGGUAAGAUUCAACCUAAAUCUAUCAAGGUGACUAGUUUGUUAUUGAAGAAGACCGAGAGAAGCAAUGGUUAUGUUCCUGACUAUGUUGGCUUUGCUAUUCCCGAUGCAUUUGUUGUUGGCUAUGCUUUGGAUUAUAAUGAAUACUUUAGAGAUUUAGAUCAUAUCUGUGUGAUUAGUGAUGUUGGUAAAAAGAAAUAUGCGGUCUAACUUAUCUAGACUUGU